UAAGAGAACAUUCUGCGGUGUCGUAGCACCGUAAGACUGCACGAAGUUGGUGUCUUAUUGCGAAGACCCACGUAACUUUCUUUUUUCGCCUCUAGCGGGAUCUGAUUUCCAGAUUCCAAAAGGAAAAGAAAAGAAAGUGAUGGACCAGUUUUGAAGAGAAAGGUAGGGGUGGGGGAAUGGAAUAACGGAUCUUGCGCCUCCUAGAUGGAAGAGGUUUGAAUCCCUCCGUGGACUCGUGAGUCGCAUCGUGCAAUUCAGGCCCCUUCGAUUAGCAACGAGCAGCAUCCCUGGAGGAGAAUAACAGGACCGACGUCGAAGGAGUCGAGGGCGGGAACUGAGAGGUUGUCCUGAUGCUUAGCGAGCCCGGGAAGGACAGAAAGACCCCUAACCUGUCAGCAACAGAACUUGCCCGGGAUUUAGGAUUAGGCUGAAUUCCGUCGCACCAGAAUUUACGCAACAAACAAGGAUUAGACAAGCAAUUGAUCGGUCACGACACCCCCAACUCCACCCCACCCCGCCACUCUUUGUAUCUCCAGCACCCUCGUCGGGAGGAAUAUUUGGAAGAUGGGAAAGCGUGAGACCCAGCGGGUGGAAGCUGCUCCGUCCCUGGCCGUACCCAACGGGGAGCGGCGGUGGGAGAGCGAGGGAGCCGCGGCUCAGUAGAAGGACCAGCGGAGGAAGGCAGUCUGCCCCAGCCCCGAAGAAGGGAACGGCUGCUCGCUCUCCGCCACCCGCCACCCGGCCUUUGGGCUCUGACGCUGGCCUCGCUUCUGAGACAGAGGCGCCGAGGAAGCGCCGCGCUUUGAAGAGCCCCGCCGCCCUUGCUGACAAGCCAGGCGAGCCCGAAGCGAAGAGAGCAGGUGCCGCUGUCCUUCUCGGGCGGGCGGGCGGCCAGCGUCCCCCUCGCUCUCUGCCCGGGCUUCCGUUCGCCGGCAGAGGCUGCCGAGAGGCGAAGGGGCGGCUCGCAGCUCUCCCUCUGGGCCACGGCUGGCGGCUGCGAGGGGGAGCGCGCGGAGCGGCUGGCAGCCCCCGCCCACCCCAGGGAGCCAUUGCCCGCCUGCCGGUGAGGAAAGCGGGCAGGGGAGAGAAUCGCGCUCCCAAUCCCCGCCCUCCGCUCGGCGGCUGGGGCUGACAGGCCCUGGGCGGGCUGGGCUCGGCGGCCCCUGCUCCGGCUGCCAUGUGCUGGGGCUGCCGCCUCUCCCGCGGCCUCCCUCGCUGGUCUAAAUGCUCCUAGGGGCGUCCUGGCUGUGCUCCUCCAAGGCUGCCGCCGCAGAGAAGCGAGCAGCGGAGGAGAGGCGGAGGCGGCGGGCGGUUUCGGCGGUAGCGGGAGGCGGUGGCGGCGGCGGCGGGGGCAACGGCGAGGGACCGCCGCCCGCCGCCGGAGGGGCCAUGGACGAGUCGUCGUUGCUGGACUUGUUGGAGUGCUCCGUGUGCCUGGAGCGCCUGGACACGACGGCCAAGGUGCUCCCCUGCCAGCACACCUUCUGCCGCCGCUGCCUGGAGAGCAUUCUCAGCUCCCGCCACGAGCUGCGCUGCCCCGAAUGCCGCAUCCUGGUGGGCUGCGGCGUCGACGAGCUGCCCGCCAACAUCCUGCUCGUCCGCUUGCUGGACGGCAUCCGACAGAGACCCCGCGCGGGAGCUGGAAGCGGCUGCUGCGGGGGCGGCAACUGCGGGCCCGGCAGCCCCAAGUCCCCGAGCAACGCUGGCCUUUCGGGCGGCGACGGCGGGGACAACCCAACCGCCGCUGGAGCAGGAGGUGGAGGAAACAGCGCGGCUCCCCCUGUGAACCCUGGUUGUCAACCCGCCGCGGUGGCCACCACGUCCAGCGGCUCCCCGAGUGUGGCCGCUGCAGCGGCUUCAGCCGCCGCCAGUCUGCGGGAACUGGCCGCCGCCAGCCGGAGCGCCUUGCUUAAGAACCCCACUCAGCUUCCCUAUGGAAAAGCUCUUUAUGCCUACGAAGGGAAAGAACCCGGUGACCUCAAAUUUAACAAAGGAGACCUUAUUAUACUGCGCAGAAAAGUAGAUGAGAAUUGGUAUCAUGGGGAACUGAAUGGAAAUCAUGGCUUUUUCCCAGCAAGCUACAUCCAGUGUAUCAAGCCUCUUCCACCAGCCCCGCCACAAGGCAAAGCACUUUAUGACUUUGAAAUAAAGGACAAAGAUCAAGACAAAGACUGUUUGACUUUUACCAAGGAUGAAAUUUUGACUGUCAUCCGAAGAGUAGAUGAUAAUUGGGCAGAAGGAAUGCUGGGGGAUAAAAUUGGGAUAUUCCCUAUUCUGUAUGUGGAGCUCAAUGAAUCAGCUAAGCAGCUUAUUGAGAUGGACAAGACCAAUGUGGCUGCUGCAUCUGGCAGUGAUGUCCCUUUGCCAGUUGACACUAACCUGGCAGUAAGCACAGCCCAGUGCUGCACACUGAACAGUGCUGGAGCAGUCAGUGCCAUUCAGCGACAUAUUGACGGCAAGAAGAAUGCCAAGAAGCGCCACUCCUUCACUGCUCUCAGUAUGACCCACAAGUCCUCCCAGGCCUUGAAUAAUAGGCAUUCCAUGGAGAUUAGUGCUCCUGUUCUGAUAAGUUCAAGUGACCCCCGGGCUGCGGCCAGAAUUGGAGAUGUGGCUCAUCUUUCCACCAGUGCACCAGUCCAGGAUUCUACUUUAGCUGGAUCCGCAACCAUGGCUGCACCCAGAACCAGUGCAAUUGUGGGAGAUCAAGGAACACCAUCAAAGGUCCAACUACCACUCAAUAUUUAUUUGGCAUUAUAUGCCUACAAACCUCAGAAGACGGAUGAACUAGAACUACGUAAGGGCGAAAUGUAUCGUGUUAUCGAGAAGUGUCAGGAUGGCUGGUUCAAAGGGACGUCCUUGAGAAAUGGCAUGUGCGGCGUCUUUCCAGGCAAUUAUGUCACUCCUGUUUCCAGGGUACCUGCAGCAACUAGCCAGCCCAGGAAUUUAACAGGAGGCUCUCCAACAGCCAAAGGCUCCCCUCGAGAUGCUGCCCCAGGAGCCCCAGUUCUUACCAGUUCUGCUCCUGUUACCAGACCAGCGGUUCCAAUCACAACCCCUCCCUCUCAGACCCAGCUGCCAGCAGGCUCCCCACAGAUAAAUAACUGUUUGAGAUACUCUUCUCAGCACCCGGUGAUUCAGCCUCGCAGCGCUGUGCAAAUGGUUGUUCACAAUUCUGUGCAGGCCCAGGAUCGGCCCACAGCCACAGUCUCACCACUGAGAAGCCAGAAUUCUCCAUCUCGCCUCCCAGCAACUGUGAUCAGAUCACACUCAGUGGUUUCUCCACAACAUAUCCACCACUCUCCUGUGCAUGUCAUCCCUGGAGCACAGUGUGCCAGACCUAUUAUUCCUCUCACUUCAGCAGCUGCAGCAAUUACUCCUCCCAAUGUUACUGCAGUCAAUCUGAAUGGAGAAGCUGGAAAUGGGCCCAUCAGUAGCUUGGUGACUUGUAGCCCAACCAACACAGCUUGCAAAACAGAAGAAAGGAAAAAUGAAAAGAAAGAAAAGAAAAGCGGACUCUUGAAACUUCUAGCAGGAGCAUCCACGAAAAAGAAAUCCCGCUCUCCUCCCUCCAUGUCUCCAACACAUGAUCCUAUGGCAAUAGUGGAAGGGAUGCUGCAGGGCGCAAUGGGACCUGAACUGUCCUCUCUCUCCAGCCACGGGAGGGCAGGAUCAUGCCCUAUCGAGAGUGAAAUGCAAGGCGCAAUGGAGAUGGAGCCUCUGCACAGAAAGACCGGAUCUUUGGAUCUGAAUUUUUCUAUCCCUUCUCCCAUAAGGCAACUGCCGCCUUCAAUGGCAACCAGCCACCCAGAAGCUAAGCCGUUGAAUCGAGAAAGAUAUCGUGUCGUGGUCCCGUAUCCCCCGCAGAGUGAAGCUGAGAUUGAACUGAAGGAGGGUGACAUUGUGUUCGUCCACAAGAAAAGGGAAGAUGGUUGGUACAAAGGGACGUUACAGCGGAAUGGCAGGUCAGGCCUCUUCCCCGGCAGCUUCGUGGAGAGCUUUUGAAGGCUUGGGUUGUGGACUUGAGGGACCUCCUGGAGGAAACGCUGGAGCACAAAACCAUAUAAAGCAGCAACAAAGGGAAAGUGCCAUAAUGGGAGCGAGCCAUGAUUAUGAUUCCCAAAGGCUCUGUGAUUGACCACCUGGAAACAAGGGGUCUGGCGGCGCUUUCAAACAGUACAUACAGCCGUAUGUUGGAGUCGUGCCUUCUACAUGGAACAGAUCAGAGAUGGAGAGGACACACAUUAAAAAUCCAGCCAAUAUAUUUCAUGUAAAUGAUGGAGGAAUUAUGUUUGGAAAAGAAAAGAAACGUGUUGUAUCGCUGUAAUUUAUUUCUCUGAGCUGCAGUGUUCUUAUUACUGGCCGAGGGAAGAGAAAGAGGGACUGGAUUUAAGAGGACAGCCGGGGAAUGCUUGUUGUCUGUCCUCCAAAUAAUGGGCAUAUGUAGAAAAUAUUGCUCACGUAGAAAGAACCGGAAGCCCAAAAUAUAAUUUAUUUCCACAUAUACCUCAAUAAUACUCUAUUCCAUGUCUUCAUGAUGACAUUCCCAGCCUGCUACCACAGCCCCAAUUUGGCUUUUGUUGAUUUGGUUUGGAAGUGGUGUUUCCUCCCAUUCUCAGUCCAAAGCUCCCCAAGCUGACUACCAAGAGCGACGAGGGGUUGAUGCAGUCAGAGAAAGGCAAUCUGCUUAGCUCCAGUUGGCCCAGAAGAUCCACUGCAGGAAUGCCUUUUGUAAAAGAUUCAAGAUACUUUGCGUAGAUAACCUAUUUUUGUGGGUUGUGGAGACUGGACUUGGGAACAGGUCUUCCAGAGAAUGGCUGUUUCCACAUCCAAACCCCAAACCUGUAAAAGUGUUGGAGCUAACAGGACAGAUGGGUUGUGGAGGGAGAUCUUGCUUUCAGUAGGAAGUUCUAGAACAAGCUGUGUGAGAAGAACCGGGAGACAAGGAGGGCUAUGGGCAACAGGGAAGCUCUUGCUCAUCCCUGGCAAGGCAACAUCUCCUACACUGGGCAUCAAAUGCCCUUUUUGAUGUGGGGGGGGACAUCACCUGAAAACGAGCAGUCAGCCAAAUUUAUUACAUAGCCAAACAAGGUGUGGGAAUUUUCAGAUGUUGGAGAAAAUCUGGCAUUGGGGGUUGGAGCUGGGACUUCUGCCAGUGGAAGGCAGCCUUCCAUCUCUUUAAUAAUAACUGGCUGUUUGUACUUCAUUUUGGCCUGUAUUUUGUUACUAGUCCUUGUCCAUGUAAUACUGGGAAGAGAAGCAGCCCCCUCCCUAUGUGCAGAGAACAUGGAGGCAGCAGAGGAACAGGAAAAUGGUUGAUUCAAGGAGCUGGAGGUUGAAGGGCCCAGCCUAGAUGAUUCAGCCUAUUUAAUCCAGCUGUCAAUUGCAGAAACUCAGAGCAGCAUGAAGAGGUCAAAAGACCCUCCUGGGAGAAGGAUCUGGGACUUCAAGCACGGCUUUCUUUGGACAAGUCCCAUAAAGGCAAGCAGUUGCCUCACCUAAGGCUUGAUUGCUUGGAAAGCCAGUCCUAGGUCUUUGAGUCACAGCUCCUAUGAUUCCCUUUCCUUGGCUUGGCUUGAACCUGUAUGGAAAGCGCUCUCCCCCAUCACUUACAAAUGCUUAGUGGGUGGGAAGGAGCAAAAGCCCAAGGCCAUAGCUUUCAAAAAUCCUGGUUGUUUUGCCACAAGAUUGAGGUUUUGAUCUCCCAUUUUCCAGAAGACUUAAGAGAUCAAUAUUCCCACUGCCUCCCUUUGACAGCUGUUGACACUGGGAAAUCUUUCUCAAAGAAGAUCAAUAGAUUUGCCAGGAAAGAAAAAAAUAUCAGAGGAGCUGAUUAGGGAGUACUGAAAUCCCCAGUUCUGCCUCACUUACAUUUAGGAGAGCGAUUGUGGUUCGACUUCCCACUAGUGGGAGAAGUCAAGGGGGUGAGGGAAAGGGCGACAGGAAUACACAAACAGCUGCACUGAAACUGGCUCACAAUACAGAGGGAAAGGUCGACAAACUGCUCUGCCCUGAGGUAAAACCACUUGAGCUCAUUGUAUAUUCCUGCUGCUCUAAAGAAGGGAGGAAAGUAUAUAAAAGUGGCUGUUUGGAUAAUCUGAAUGGGUACCAACCAGAAUCUACUUUUAGAUUGAGUAUCAUCUUCCAGGGCUUCCCAUUCCCUUCUUCUGUGUAUAAUGAGCAGCUCAUCACUAGCUCAGGUCAAAGCCCCUCCCUUUCCCCACAUUAAAAAUACUUCUAGGAAACCACCGGGUAUUGAACUGAUACAGUUCUGUGCUCUUUCAUUUGUUCCAAAAUACUUUUUGGCUCCUCUUUUAAUAUUCAAUUUUGAUUGGUGCUUUUAUUUUAUUGGGAUUUCAAAGAGAAAGGAGGUUUUGUACAAUAUAAUUUUCUAAGGAAAGAAAGACAUUUUCUGAUAUUCCUUCUAAGUAAAGGACGACUUCUUUACAAAUAGGGAGCAGUUUUUAGAAUGUCUUUAAAAGACACCUAUUAGGAAAUUAUUGUUGUAGAGGUAAUUGUUAUGUCUGGUACAUCUUGACUCCGAAGUACCAGUGUAGAUAAUUAGUGAUCCUCCUGAGGCUUUGCAGAUAUUGUUAAAUUAUAGCUUUUAACAUCUCACACUAUUAGACCUGCUUUCUAAUUGUAGUUCAACAUCUGCAUGACCAUUGGCUCAUUGUUCCUGAUAAAUACAGACAAGCAAACUUUUCCCUUGGAUAGUACACUCAUGAGUUACGUGAAUCAGGUUUCAUAAUGAAGAUGCAGGGUUCUGGAUGCAUCUUGACUUGCUUCAAGCCUGAGAAAAAUACCUCCUUUCUAUGCAGAAGAGAAGCCCUGGGUUCUAAUCAACCUAAUGGGGCAAUAUGAGACAACCAGGGCAAGAUGCCAGAUUUUUAAGUUAACUCCUAAGAAAGAAGAGUGGAAUGUUUCAGGGAUUGACCAACCAGCUUGUCACCCAAGCCUGAUAUUCAUGCAAUUCCUGUUGCAGUCAAUGGGUCAACAUUCAGUUGAUCUGAAAAAAAAAAAAGGCAGACCUUGCACUUGUGCGAAAAUACUAGAAGGGGGAAAGAAUAGGAAAAUAUGCAUUAAUCUAAGAGGGGUCCAAAAGGCUAAGAUGGCAAAUGUAACUACACAAUCAGAGCUCCAUACUUUUGUAUAUGAGUCAAUAUAAUGCAUUUAUAUAAAGAGAUGGGACUUUUGUCACACAAUUACAUGUGUCAUCUUGCAGACCUUUCAGUGAGGAGGCAUUGACAACACAACCCUAGCUGCUCCAAAGCAUCUUGUCUCACCUUCUCGGCAUCUUCUGAACUCAAAACAUGCAUUUUUGUCGAAUCUCCUGGCUACCAUGCAAGUUAAGGAGAAGAUGCAGCUUCUUUAAGGGAUUGUCAGAAGCGUGCCUCCCAAAGGGACUUUAUGUUUCUAUCGAAAUCCAAGCACAUCUUGUUGCUCUGAUUAAUUAGGAGCUUUUUCUUCCCAACAAAACUUUAACAUUGUCAGUUGGGACUGCUAAUAGCCACAGGGAAGAACAGGCAUAGGAUAUUGCUGGAGAAUAAUCCAUCUCCCCAGUAAUCAUGAUCCAUUUCAGGGAUUCCAACUUUCAGGAUGCAAUCAGGUUUUAAAAGGGAUUUCUGUUGUUUGCUAAAGGAGACUGUUUUUAAAAAUUCUACUUGCAAUUCAAGGCAAGAAUUUCAAAGAAAGAGAUUGGCUACCAAACAUUGCUACUCCUUUUUCAAUAUCAUUCUUCCAAGUUACAAUAAGACUUCAAAAUGGUUUCCAUAGAUCAGGCAGAGACUAUUUUAAAGCUUCUCCUUUAAGUGAGGAACCAUUUCUGGAGGGGUAGGAGUGCAAUUCCAGGAAAAGCAGCUAGUUACACCUGACCAAUAGUUACCAACCCAUUUUAGGAUCAGCUGUGUCCUAUCUCAAUUUGUCUAAUAGGAUUUCUUCUGUCCAAUAAGUACCUGUUUCCCAUUUCUUCUGCAAAGCUACAUUGUAAGAUUUAGCAGAAGAUACCUGGUGUAUCUGGAUUCAGCCCAUUCUUUGCUAAAAGAAUGUCUUCAUAAACUCAAAUUUUAUUUCCCUAGGAAAAUUUUUUAUCAGUUCUAGGAGCUAGUGUCCAAUUCUGGAAGAUCCAACACUGUGGAGAUGCUAAUGCUUAACCAAAUGAGUGGGGAAAUCUUCUGGAAUACUGCUAAAUACCACAAGAUCCUCUCUCUUACAAUAAUAUAUGGAAGGUCUCAUGAAAGGAUGGUUUUCCAUCUAGAUGGAUGGUCAUUUCUGGAGAAUGGGAAGCUUUUCCAGGACAAUUCACUUUAAUUGGCUUCUACUUGGCAAUAAAAAGAACACUGCAGUCUCCCACAAGCACAGAGCAUUACAAUUUUUCUUACUCUCUGUUUUACCAUCAGAGCAAAAGACAACAUAUGAUUUGUUAUUGUAGAAAUGUAUCAUUCUAAACACUAUUUAGUUUUGUAACCCAGCUCAAGCCACAACAUUUCAGGCAACAGAAGCUUCUUAUAACCAGAAACCUAAAGGUGCAAUAAAUAGGGAGCCAGGAAAUAAAUCUACAAGUUGGCUGGUGACAUUGCUAACAUUUUUUAAGAGAUGGAAGAAUAUUUUUAGUCACGGAUCUGCUAUGUCUCAUUUAGAUGUCAGAAACAUCUCCCAAAAUAUUCUCAUUAAGUUGAAAGGAAUGGUUUUCUCCUGCUUAAAAUAUGUCCUUUUUGUCAUACAAUACUUUAUGAAUACAAGCAAUGCAGACCAGUAUCCAUCCAAAAUGUAAGGUAUAUUUGGCUUUACAUAUUUUAAUGAUGUCAGACCCCAAAUUAAUUGAAACAGCAAGUAACUAUUUACCUAAUGCAGACUGAUUUCUGAUGACAUCCAUCUUUGGACAAAGGCUCGUGGAAUUAGAGGCUGAUCUGUUGACUAUAUACUAGGGGGGUAGCCAGUUGAUACUUGAAGUGAGAAAUGUGCAUGUAAUUAUUUUACAAAAAGAAAAACUCAGAUGCAAGAACAUAAUACUAAUAUGCUGAAAUACUCUAUAGGUCUCUGUGCUUAAAAAAAACCCCUCAAGAGAACAAGCAGAGUAAAGCAAAUAUGUUCAGCAAUAUCUUAACUAUUUUUCUUAGAUUCCUUUUCGGUAGUGUAAUUGUACAAUACAUCUUUGUGUACCCAGAGUUGCAGAUGGGACAGUCUAAAGUUUUGGCAUUGUAUCCUUGCCUUCCUAAAAUGAGAGGUCCUAAGUAGAGUCCAUGCCAACAUUUUCAGCUGUCAUUCAUAUAUUUAGUCCCUACCUUUUGGAAUUAAGAAAAAUACCAUCCAGCCCACGAUUGCUGUGAGAAAUGUACUGUAGCAAUUGCAUCUCUCUCUCCCUCCUUCCCUCCCUCCCUCUCUCUCUCUCUCUCUCUCUCUCUCUGUCUCUCCCUCCUCCUGCCACUCUUCCCUUUCUCCUUUUCCCUGCCUUUCUCCAAUUGAAGAAAAUGGAACCAGUCUUCCAGGUUCCAGCCUAAAAGUCUCCCUUUGUGUAGCACAUUCCAUGCAUGGAGCACUUCCAAACCCUCCCGGCUCAGAGCUCAAAUAAUUCUCAAGAUCCAGCCAAAGCAAAUCAUUUUUAAGUCCUGUUGUUUUAGUGGCAUAUAGUUUCCAUAUGGUUAAUUUCCCCAUCAAACUUUAAAAGAUCUUAGAGAAAAUUAGACAUUACAAACAUUCAGGCAAGAGUUCAAAAGAGACAGAGAGCUGGAAAGGAGAUUGAAAAGGAACAAAUGGAAGGAAAGAGUAAUGUCUUUUCUUGUGUUCUGUUAAAUCAUAACACUCUCAACUGCUAUGCAAGACUUCAACCACAAUUUUGCAUGAGUUUUUAGACCCUCGAUGGCGUGGUAACUCCCUCAGAUAAGUGUAGAAAUAAUGGGAUGGUCACACUGUUUCCGACAACUUUGCUGCACAACAUCCUACACAUAAACAACAUACACACUAAAGUGUUUUGGGUUGUUGUUUUUUAAUACAUGGGUUAUUUUGACGUAAACUAUGUUGUUACAAACUACUUCUAACCUAUGUUAAUGAUUGCAGAAUUUGAUUGGCAGGAGAAAGCUUACCUAAUCCCAAGAGAACAGGAUGAGUCCAAAAUGUAUUGACUAGAACGGGUGUCUCCAAUCUUGGCAACUUUAAGCCUGGUGGACUUCAACUCCCAGAAUUCCCCAGCCAGCUUUGCUGGACUCCUGGACUAGAAGGCAGAUGGAGAACCAUUAGUUGCCAUUGUCAGAUCCUGAAUAUCAGGAUUCAGAAUGCUCUUCACCUCAUACAGUAUCUCUGCCUAAUUUUAUCCUUUUGUUGGUCUGGUGAAUAAUGAGCACAUUCCCAAAGCACUAGGUUUGCAUGACCUACCAUUUUGUUUCCUAGAAAUAUUUAUGGGAUCUACUUAGGAUCUAGAAAUUUCCCUGAAGAUCUCAUGGUUGCCAAACAGCUUAACAAGCAAUGUUUUGUUUUUCAUAUGCCAGAGUCCCAUUUUUUAAAUUAAAAUCUCAUUAAGUUGGGCGUACCAAAACUGGUGAACCAGAAAUGAUAUUGGAAGGGACCAGUAUUUGUGAACAUCCCUUUUUUUUAUCUUUGCUCCUUGGAAAGUCAGUUUUAAGUUUGUGGGGCAUAUGAAAGGCAAUUUGUGAUAGGGGAACUAGAGGUAGAGUUACUGUUAAUGAGAGGGUACCCUCAAUACAGACAAAGGCUUGCCUGCUGCUAAAAUAAUGCUGGCUUAGUAAACACAAGGCCAAAUUUAUCUCAUAUUGGCUUCUUUCCCAUGCUCAGAAUGUAGAAUUGCAGAGGUUUGUAGCUCUUUUACUGUAUAUUCAGCUGGCCACCUUGAGUAACGUUUGUGGAAAAAAGAAUCAAUGUCUUGGUAGAGCUCUUUGGGCAGGGGAUAACAGCUACUGGGUGUUACUGGAUGCAGGUGUUUAAUGCAUAAUCUGUUAAAGCCAAAACAGUCAAUAAUUUACCUCAUCCCAACUCCACCCCCGGCCAAAAAAGCCCCUCUUCAGAAUUCAGUAUUUUUAAAAAGAGUUGGUUUACCACAAAUUCCCCUCCAGCAAUAGGUGCUGCAAGACUCAUCCAUCACACUUCAUCUGAGGAUAAAGACCUCCUUUGACUGUUCAAUGCUCUGCAAAUAUGGGUUGCUGGCUCUUAGAUCUCUUUCAUCAUGGUAGCUGGCGCUCAUUUCCGGUGGUCAACCCAUCCCGCCUAAGUAGCACAAGCACAGAGGCAAAGGCAAUCCACAGACUUCAGACAGUGACUUCUCUGUCCUUCUAUGAGAUCUUGUGUCUAUAGUGACUCCAUUGAGAAAUAUGCCUUCAAUGGACUGAAAGCAUGAGGGGGGGAGGGGGGAGCACGUGCACAUGUGUACGUUU